GCGUGGAAGAAGCUGAAGCUGUUUUGCGCGAAUCAGAUGGAGGAUGUGAUCAUACUUGUGGGGAGAAGAUGAAGGUAAAAAUUAAGCAGUGGAAUGGUGUGGCAUCCUGGUUGUGGGUGGCUAAUGAUGAAAACUGCGGCAUCUGCCGAGCACCAUUCAAUGGCUGCUGUCCAGAUUGUAAGGUUCCAGGAGACGACUGCCCACUGGUCUGGGGUCAGUGCUCUCAUUGUUUCCACAUGCACUGCAUCCUGAAGUGGCUGAACUCACAGCAGGUGCAGCAGCAGUGCCCCAUGUGCCGUCAGGAGUGGAAGUUUAAAGAGGGAGAAACUUCCUGAGGAGAUCGAGUACACAAACAGAUUGGUGCUUUUAUUUGUUUUUUGUUUGUUUUUACACAAUAAAAUGUGACAUCCUAAAGUACAGCUGUGAUUACAUAUCCUACCAAAUAAAAUACAGUAAAAUAAAAAUGACAUGGUAAGGCUUUGUGCUA